CCGAAGAUGGCGUCGCUUCGCUGCCGGCGGGACCCGUGCGGUGUCGUCUGCCUGCUUUUGACGUAUUUUAGCGUCUUCUACGCGGAUUACGUGGUGGUCCAGUACGUUCUCAUCCCUGCGUACUCUGGCAGUGUUUGGUGCAGCUUGCACGCCUCCGCCUUCAACGUCAUUUUGCUGCUCCUGCUCACCUGCCACUUCAAAGCGGUCUUCUCGGACCCUGGUGUCGUGCCGCUUCCCGAAAUGGCGCUGGACUUCUCAGACCUCCGCUCGCAGACGUCGCGGAUGAGCGACAGAGGAUGCGAGGGAUGGACAGUGUGCAGCCGUUGCGAAACCUAUAGACCGCCUCGGGCGCAUCACUGUCGGGUGUGCCAGAGGUGUAUUCGCCGUAUGGACCAUCACUGCCCGUGGAUCAAUAACUGCGUCGGAGAGCUGAACCAGAAGUAUUUUAUCCAGUUCCUCUUCUACACGGGCGUGGCCAGCGUGUACGCCGUGCUCCUGGUGGUGUCGGCGUGGGUGUGGCGCAUCCGGAACGAGAGGGAGGGUGACGGCGAGGCGGAGGACACGCCCACCAAGCACCUGAUCGUAGUGCACUACAUUAUCCUGCUGGUGGAGUCUGUGCUCUUCGGUGUGUUCGUCCUGGUCAUUUUUUACGAUCAGUUGGCGUCCAUCAUUGCCGACGAAACGCCCAUCGAGCAGAUGAGGAACAGGUUGAUGAUGAAAGCACGAGAUCCGUCGUCUUCGCUGCCGUCGCACCAUUCCACGCGCAAACCCAAGCUGGCGCUGCUGCGGGAGGUUUUUGGACGAGGUUCCGUGUUCUGCUGGCUCCUCCCGUUGUACGCCGGAGGCCCGACGGUAGGUGGCGUGGCCUACUCGGCCCUGCCGGACUACGACGUCUGA